AUGGCGUUCCGCGUGCCGGUGCCCGACGUCUCGGUCGUCGAUCUCACGGUGCGUCUCGAACGCGGCGCGUCCAUGGCGGCCAUCAAGGCGGCCGUCAAGGAAGCGUCCGAAGGCUCCAUGGCCGGCAUCCUCGGCUACACGGAGGACGAAGUCGUGUCGCAGGACUUUGUCUCGGACAAGCGCUCGUCCAUCUUUGACGCCAACGCGUGCAUCGCGCUCAACGACAACUUUGUCAAGCUCGUGUCGUGGUACGACAACGAGUGGGGCUACUCGAACCGCCUCGUCGACCUCGUCUUGCACAUGGCCACCGUCGACAACGAAAACUAAAUUUCAGAUCAAUAUUCACGCUGCCCUUAUCAUGUUAAAUACGAGUACUCGCUUUAGGUAGGAGUUUGCCGACGAGCUGUGUACAACAGCACUUCAAUUUUAUGGACUUGCGCUGG